AUGUCACAAGACCGUGACGUUGAUGCUGCAAUGUUGCUAAGUGAACGCUAUGAGACUAGUCUUACUUUAUCAACAGACUUCGUAUCUCACUCACCCGAGACCCAGAUUGUUGAUGGAUCUCCAGCACGAAACUGCGAAUUUCCAUCAAUUGUCCAUCUCCAAGUUUACAACACACCUUCCGAUAAUACGGUUGGUUUGUGUGGAGGUACUUUGAUUGAUGCUACACACGUAUUGACAGCAGCUCACUGCCUGGAAGGAAACGUCAGAAAGGUUACUGUAAAUAUUGGUUCCAACAAUAAGUGGGCUCCUGGUCCUCAGUCAAGAAGUGUAACCCAAAUUGUGAACCAUGGUGAAUAUGUACACACUACCUACCUAAUUAAAAACGACAUCGCCAUUUUGACAUUAGACCGUCCAGUCAGUGAAGGCAGAUGUGUCAAAUUUGCACAAUUGGCCAGAAAAGGAGAAACAUUUGGUACCCGAAGAUGUAUGGCUGCUGGAUGGGGAGAUUUCCAAUUUAAUGGAAACAGUCCUAACGAAUUAUACAAAGUGGCUCUUCCAGCUAUUCCUCAUCAUGUAUGUAAAAGCAAUUCCAGGAUGCGAAUUGCUGAUGGAAUUCUUUGUGCCGGAGACUUCACACAAGGUGGAGCAUCUACUUGCCAGGGUGAUUCUGGUGGUCCACUUUAUUGCCCAAGCUCAAAUGGUCAAAUGGUCUUGGCAGGAGUAACCUCGUUUGGAAACAACUGCGACAAGGAAAUAAGUGCUUUCAGUGAUGUCGGAUAUUUCCGAGAUUGGAUCGAGAGUAAUCUCUAAGAAGUAUGAAUCAGGGAUGCUAGAAAUAGCAGCU